AUGAUGGACAUGCACAUGGACAGCAUGACCUCGACCAUGUCGAUGGCCACCUCCACAUCCGGCAUGUCCAUGGCGACGUCGACCUCCAUGUCGGGAAUGGACAUGGACAUGGGCUCCUCCAUGACAAUGUCCAUGUCCGACAUGAUCAUGACCUUCUUCACCUCUUUUCAGACGCCUCUCUUCUCCGAAAGCUGGACGCCGACCACCAAGGGCCAGUACGCCGGCACUUGUAUCUUCUUGAUCGUGCUGGCCGUUAUCCUGCGCGUUCUUCUCGCCAUUAGACCCAUCCUGGAAGGUCGCCUCUUCACCGAUAGCGCCCACCACUCCAUGUUGGAUCAUCACAUCCACAGCGACGACGUGGCUACAGCGAAAACCCCGUCUGGUCUAGUUUUGAGUAUCCAAGAGAUUGGGUCCCGCUGGGGAAGGUGGAAGAUCAACCCUGCCGCUGGCCGUGCGACCUACGAAGUCGUCGUUGCUGGUGUGGCCUAUCUGCUGUACGUAUCUUCCUGCAGAUAUGCAUUCCUAUACAUCCAGAUCGAAUACCGACUUACUCUCUUUAGGAUGCUUGCAAUCAUGACAAUGAACGUUGGAUACUUUCUCUCUGUCCUGGGCGGAAUCUGGCUGGGAACAUUUAUAAUGGGCAGUGUCGCCGCCGAGAGCUCAUGGCAACACUGCUGA